AUGCCGAAGGCCAAGGGCAAGGGCGGUAAGAACCGCCGCCGCGGAAAGAAUGACAGCGACGACAAGCGCGAGCUAGUUUUCAAGGACGAGAGCCAGGAGUAUGCCCAGGUCGUCAAGAUGCUGGGCAACGGCCGUCUAGAGGCCAUGUGCUUUGACGGCGAGAAGCGUCUCGCGCACAUCCGUGGCAAGCUGCGCAAGAAGGUCUGGAUCAACAAUGGCGACAUUAUUCUCCUGUCGCUGCGUGAGUUUGAGGACGGCAAGGCCGAUGUCAUCCAGAAAUACACGCCCGACGAGGCCCGCAGCCUCAAGCAGUACGGUGAGCUGCCGGAAACGACCAAGAUCAGCGAAGAGACCUUUGGCGACGACGAGGGCGGCGAGAUCGAGUUCGAAGAGGCCAGCGACGAGGAGGACGAGGACCUCGACGAUCUUUAA